AUGCUGUUACAGGGAUCCCUAGUCGACUCAUUCGAUCAGGUAGAAAGUGAAAGAAAGAGAGAUAGACAGAGCGAGGUGGCCAUUCGAAACAAUCGUACUCUCUUUUUGUCAAAAAGAUCAAAAAUGACUGACUCUAAUGUUAAUGAUCAGGUUGCCGAUGGUGCCCCCUUCAAGAGUCAAUAUCAGUUAAGGAGCAAAGAGAAAAGCUGUCAUGCUCCCCACAGUCGGACUUCUUCCCCUAACGACAGGGGUGUGACUAAUCCUCAGCAGCAACAGCAUAAUAAUAAUCACCACAGCGCCGGUAAUAAGAGUGCGGAAUCUGGCCGGAUACGAAGAGGACCGAUUUUGUUGCGGAGAACUUUGAGUAGUCUUUCGAUGAGUGCUGUUAAUAGUGGGGCCCGGGAGUCUCGCGACGGUUCGGGUCCCGGAGAAGAGUUGUCUCGCUCUACCUCGCCGGGCGGUCAGUCUGGCGGAUCUCAUGUGCGCGCGAAGCGUCAUUCGCUAAGAAGCUCUAUCGGCGGCAAUCAGGACGAAAAAGUGGCACAGGCGCAGUCGCCGCCAUCGCCGCCGUCGAGGAAGAGAUCGUUUGCAGGAGCGCUGUUCAAGAAACUCGCCGGUUCGGGUUUGCAGAAUAUGGAGAGCGCUUCGCAUUUGGUCCCGGAUGAUGCGGACUCCAUAGCAUCUACACAGGUCAGCUCGGAUAGAAGGUCGUCGCGGGACUCGGGACAGUCGCUGCACUUUGUUGAAAGCGUACCUUCGACGUUGCGCCGCAAGGUGAGUAACUUGGUUCAUGGGUUGGGUCACGAGACCGAAGGUUCUGCGGCAGGCGGCAGUGGUGCUGGCAGCUCGGCGGCUAACGCGGGCAUGGCUCCGAUCAAGAAAUCCGUGACGGCUUCGGAUGAGUACAAGAGGAAAGACGCAGACAGGCCCAAUCUGGCCCGACAUAGGACUAUCCACCUAUUGAUUCCAUCGACUUCGUCGCCAAGCAGCCGUAGAAGCUCGACAGCAAGUACGGGUUCUUCCAUUGCGUCUGAUACUGUGAAGGAGAGCGCCGCGGAGAAUAGGAACACUUUGGGGAAUCCGGUCGGCAAGCGGUUUUUCCAGUUGGAUACGAACUUGGAGAACGUUUCUGAUAUUACAAAGUUAUUGGAGCCGCUGCCAGCGGCUCCCGAGGAGCCGCCGACGGAACAGAACCCGGUGAGGAAAAGUGCCACUGGACAAUUUGCAUCGCGAUCUCAUUCCACCGCAGAGCUAGCGCUCUCAAAGACGUCAUCCAGGACAAGUACCAAGGAAAACUCGCCCAGAGUGAAGGCGACGCAAUGGAUCGCCCCCGAGAGCUGGGAUGUUGACGCGGACUUGGAAAGAGCAAGAGCAAAGAAGUAUGGUCACGGAGAAGCAGCUUCGAGCCACAGACGAAAGAAGAUUCAACAGCAGUCUGCCUCGAGGAAUUCUUCUGUAGAACCUUCAACCGCACCGGGAAACAUCUCGAGCAAUGGGCCCAGCGCGCCCAGCACGUUGCAACGGAAUUUUGCUGGCAGUUCGCUGGAGGGCGAUGGGCCAAGCGUAGAUAAGGACUUUUCCAAUGAGGCAUAUUCCACUACCGACAACGAUGAAUUGGAGUCGUCCAUCUCCGAGUCAUCGACUUCGGCAUCUGACUAUAUCUCCUCACACACGGAAGAUUAUAUGGCUCAGGAGCCUAAUCGAAGUAGCGAAUCAGAGACAAGAUCAAAAUCAAGUUUAGCAUUGAGCAUCAUUGCCAUCAAUGGCGCGAGAGAUGAAGACGCUAUGAGCAAAGAUGUCUCUUUGGCCGAUGAGAAACAUGAUAAAGUGGAGUAUGAGCUGGAGCGUUACUAUAAGGAUUUCAGUGAUUUGGAUCCCAAACGUCAUUAUGCCAUUCGUAUUUUUAACACCGAUGACACCUUCACCACAUUAUCGUGCACGCCGAAUACGACGGUUAGAGAAGUUAUUCCAGCAUUGAAAAGGAAGUUCAACAUUACAUCACAGGGCAGUUAUCAGUUAUCAUUGAAAGUUGGUAAGCUUUCCAAAAUUUUAAGACCUCUCGCUAAACCAAUCAUUAUAGAACGUAAAUUACUGCUUUUGAAUGGUUAUAGAAAGACGGAUCCGUUGCAUAUCAUGGGUAUCGAAGACUUAAGUUUUGUGUUCAAGUUCCUCUUUCAUCCUGUGGCUCCAUCACAUUUAACCCCGGAGCAAGAACAAAGACUGAUGAGAAGUGAUUUCAUUCAUGUGGACUUGAGAGGGAUGGAUCUCACCACUCCACCAAUUAUCUUUUAUCAGCACACUGCCGACAUCGAAUCUCUGGACGUAUCCAAUAACGCCGAUAUCUUUCUACCAUUGGAAUUCAUAGAAUCUACUAUAAAACUAACAAGUUUGAGAAUGGUCAACAUCAGGGCGUCAAGAUUUCCAGCUAACAUUACUGAAGCUAGUAAAUUGGUUUCCCUUGAAUUACAAAGAAACUUUAUCAGAAAGAUCCCCAAUUCGAUACUCAAAUUAUCCAAUCUAACGAUCCUUAACUUGCAAUGUAAUGAAUUGGAUCGAUUACCGAAGGGUUUCGGUCAUUUAAAGAAUUUACAGCUGUUGGAUCUUUCGUCUAACAGAUUUGUGCACUACCCAGAAAUUCUCAAUCAGUGUACCAAUUUACUUCAGAUCAAUUUGUCAUACAAUAAGAUAAGUUCUUUACCGAGAAGUGUCAAUCAAUUAAUUAAACUGGCCAAGAUGAACCUGUCUCACAACAAAUUGACAGAGAUUAACGACUUAUCUGGUAUGAAAAAUUUGAGGACUUUGAACUUGCAGCAUAACAGAAUUGGUUCGAUUAAAACUUGUGCGUCAAACCUACAGAACCUAUUUCUGACAGAUAACAGAAUUUCCAAUUUCAAUGAUAUACUACCGAAGCUGAGGGCGCUGGAGAUUCAGGAAAAUCCAAUGACUUCGAUAUCGUACAAAGAUUUCUAUCCAAUGAGUAUGACCAGUUUGUCUUUGAACAAGGCAAAGCUUGCAAGCGUUCCAGGUGAGCUGUUCGUUAAGCUAUCCAGACUCGAAAAACUGGACCUGAGCCAGAACAACCUGACCCAAUUGCCGGAAGAAAUAUCCCUACUGAACAGACUAGUGUAUUUAUCUGUUGCUAGGAAUAAACUAGAGAGUUUGCCGUCAGGAUUUCCUAAGUUGACAAGCUUGAAAACGCUUGAUUUGCAUUCUAACAAUAUGAGAGACCUGGUUGAUGGUAUUCAAGAUUUGGAAUUGACGAGUUUGAACAUAUCCUCUAAUAUGUUAGGGAACUCCAUACUCAGCACUCCUUUUUAUCAAAAAAUCACAUGUGAGUCUAAGUUAACCAAGACACUAAUGUUCCUCCUUGCUGCUGACAACCAGUUUGAUGACCAAACCUGGCCCUUCUUCAAUUACUUCGAAAAUCUAAAGCUAUUGAAUUUAUCUUACAAUAAUUUCCAAGAUAUUUUCAAUUUGAAACUGGAAAAUUUGCUGGAUCUUUACUUCUCGGGCAAUAAGAUUUCCACUUUGUCGGGUGAUGUAGUGCCUAAGUGGAAGUCCUUGAAAACUUUGAUGCUAAAUGGAAACCAUCUGCUUUCUUUGCCUGCGGAACUAUCUCAGCUAUCGCAUUUGAGCGUGUUUGACGUCGGGUGUAACCAGCUCAAGUACAACAUCUCAAACUAUCAUUAUGACUGGAACUGGCGGAACAACAAAGAGCUGAAAUACUUGAAUCUGUCAGGUAACAAAAGGUUUGAGAUUAAAUCGUUUGUUGAUCGAGAGAUUAAUGCCGAUCUUUCGGACUUAACUGUACUUCCAAACUUGAAGGUUCUCGGACUGAUGGAUGUGACCUUAAACACAAGCAAGGUUCCUGACGAGAGUUUCAACUUUCGUAUGAGAACUACAGGAUCAAUGUUAAACGGUAUGAGAUACGGUGUGGCAGAUACCUUGGGUCAGCGGGAUUUUGUAUCAUCGAGGGAUGUCACUUUCGAAAGAUUUAACGGGAAGGAUGAUGAAAGCCUGAUAUGUUUACAUGAUGGGAAAAACCAGGAUGCCACAUAUGGUCAUAACAUCUCGAAACUAGUUAGAGAUGUUUAUGACAAAAUAUUGAUACGACAACUGGAGAAGUAUGGCGACAGUGAUGAAGGUGUUAAGAAGGCACUGCGUUUCAGUUUCCUGCAAUUGAAUAAGGAAAUUAACGUCAUGUUAGGUUCAGUGGACAGCGGAGCAAACGUUGCAAACCUUACAUCAGCAGAUUUACUCAGUGGUGCUUGCUCCACAGCGGUAUAUAUCAAAGGGAACAAGGUUUUCACAGCUAACAUUGGUGAUUGUAUGGCGAUAUUAUCAAAAAACAAUGGUGAUUACCAGAAGCUGACAAAACUUCAUGUACCUUGUAAGCGAACGGAGUACGAAAGAAUACGAAUUUCUGGUGGUUAUGUCAAUGAUGAUAAACUUGAUGGUGUGGUAGGUGUCUCUAGAGCAGUUGGCUUUUUUGAUUUGCUACCCCAUAUUCAUGCCUCGCCAGAUAUUUCUUUGGUGACUCUGAAUAAAGCCGACGAAAUGCUAAUUAUUUGUACCAAUAAGCUUUGGGACUAUAUGGAUUACGAAAUGGCUUGUGACAUUGCUCGUGAGAAUAGCGCGGAUCCCAUGCUUGCGGCAGCCGCCAUGAAAGAUCACGCUAUUGCUUACGGAUGUUCAGACAAUUUGACAAUCUUAUGUUUAGCACUUGAUAAGAGUGCUGAUCAACAGAAUCAUUUCAGUUUGAACAAAAACUCUUUCAUAAGAAGAAGUACUUUUGAGGACACUACACUAAGGCGGUUGCAGCCUGAAAUUGUACCGCCUACGGGAAAUCUGGCCAUUGUUUUCACCGAUAUAAAGAAUUCAACCUUCCUGUGGGAAUUGUUCCCAAACGCUAUGAGGACAGCAAUAAAAACACAUAAUGAUAUCAUGCGUCGUCUUUUAAGAAUUUAUGGAGGGUACGAAGUCAAAACAGAAGGUGAUGCCUUUAUGGUGGCAUUCCCUACCCCAAUCAGUUCACUUGUAUGGUGCCUGAGCGUUCAGUUAAAACUGCUAGAUGCUCAGUGGCCUGAAGAAAUAACAUCCAUACAAGAUGGGUGCUUAAUCACUGAUAAGAAUGGAAAUAAAAUAUACCAAGGGCUGUCCGUUCGUAUGGGAGUGCAUUGGGGUUGUCCCGUACCGGAACUCGAUCUUGUUACUCAGAGAAUGGAUUACCUAGGACCUAUGGUUAACAAGGCUGCAAGAGUGGAGGGAGUUGCUGAUGGAGGUCAGAUAACUCUGAGUAGCGAUUUCUGCAUGGAACUUAAUAAAAUUAUAAAACUUCAUGAGAGAGUUGUCAAACAUAAAGAACCACUGAAAGAUGUUUACGGUGACAAGUUUGUUGGCGUUGUGUUCGAGAAGGAGAUAGCUAUGCUUGACAGCAUCGGCUUUGUUUUAUACGAGCACGGAGAGCAGAAACUCAAAGGCCUGGAGACAAAAGAAUUGAUAACCAUAUGCUACCCCAGGAGCGUAGCAUCUCGGCACAAGUUUAUUUCAGAAGAUGAACAGACGAAGCUUUUGAAUGAGAAAGCUAUGGUCAGACUGCGCGCAGUAUCAAGAAAACUGGAAUCGAUCGUAUCUGCCGUAUGCGGGGGAUUAACUGAAGUCGGACAACGGGCUGGCUCGGAAAGGAUAUCUGUAAUCGACGAGAAUGCUCAAAACUUGAUUAAGCUCGGCGCUGGCGCGUCAGACGCGGACGUGCUGGCGUUCUUUGAGCACCUACUGACCAGAAUUGAGUCUUACAUCGCUAUUCUCAAGCUAAAGCAAACAGUCUCGCAUAGUCUGGAUUGUUACAAAUUUUACGACAACAAGUCAGAGCCAAUGACCGUGUUCGAGCUAUUGGAUGGAAUAUUGGGAAAGCUGCAGAGCUGA